AUGGGAGCAUGCUGCAGUAAUACUCAAAGGGACCCUCCAGUAUUUAUUAUAUAGCCAGCUCCAUCUCUUCUACUUAUAUGUGAUGAAACAAAUUUUGUGAACAGUCCUAAAGACAGUUUAAGAAUCUCCCAUUAUGAAGGGCCGGUUGUCCCGUACAAAUUAAGCCAGUUGACUCCAGGCCCAUCAAUAGAAGAAGUUGAUGAAAUCGAUAUAAGCGAAAUUUCUUCAGCAACUCUCGCGACAGAACCUACUAAAACAAAAAUCUAGCUCCCCAGUAAUAAGAAAAUUCUUGGCUAUUCGUGAGGAUUUUAGCGCAAAACUGUUAAAUAGAAAAUUUUAUUUGAGUAGAUUGCUAUUUGAGGGUUUUUCAGAAAAUGUCAAAAAUGCAUAUUUUUUGGGCAUUAAACCUCCAGUAGUAAACAAAUUUCGAUUAUCAAAUAAAAUUUACUAUAUGAAAAUUUUGUGCUAACUCCCCCCUCCGUGAGUGAACAAAAUUUUUUUGUUCACUAACGGAGGGGGGUUAAUUUUUUUUUUUUUAAAAAAUUUAUAUAGGAAUUUUGUUUUUAUUAUUUUUUUUUCAUCUUUUAAAAAAAACUCACUUCUAUAAAAUUGGAAAGCAAAUAUUAAUUUAAUUUGUAAAAAAUUUAUGUUUUAAAACGCAAUUUGUUUAAAAUUUAAACAGAAUUAGCUCGAGAUUUCAUUAUACUAAUUAUCACUUAUAUAACAAAAAUUUUUUCCAUAAAACAUGUUUCCAUUAAAAAAAUUUUGUUCGCUCACGGUUUUGGGCAAAAAAAUAGGGAUUUUUCUAAUGGUUUUGUUCACUCACGGAGGGGGGGAUAGCACUCUCAUGAAUAAGCAAAAGUUUUGCUAAUUAAUGGGGAGGGAAA